AGGAUGCCCGCGAGGGAACCUGGAGCGUAGGCAGCGGCAGGCCCGCCAGUGCUUCUCCAACCCAGACUUUGAACUUUGAUCUUUCUAAGGUAGGGGUAUCACCGUCCAGUAUCAAUUCUCUCGACCAUGUCCAGGCUGUUCCAACGCAUUCGAAUUAUCAUUCUCCUAGCCUGAGCUGCCACGGACAACCACCCAAACACCGCCGCCGGGCAGCACGUUACCCCAGCGAGUUGCCUGGGCACAUCGUCGUCGCGCCCGCUCUAAUCUCCCGUCGUCCGUCCUCCCCAUUCCAUAUUCGUAACAUCGAGGCUCCAAUAGACAUGGACGCUGCCACUCUGCUACGCCAGACCAUUGGCGCGUAUGCCCCGCGACCACUCCAGCCAGGCCAGUUUAACUACCCACGCCGUCCGCCGCCCUCGCAUCUCGGCCAUUUUGGAGAAAACCUGAGCAAUAAGCCGGCCCAACACCAAGGGACGGUGCAUACCUUGACAGCGUGCUGCAGGUGCAGACAGAGGAAAACGAAAUGCGAUCCAGCCCUCCCACGAUGUAGUCCCUGCGACCGCGCCGGCCAGACAUGCGAGUACUUCGACACGACAAAAAACCGCAAGAUGAACCGGACCUACGUUGUAGACCUCCAAAAAAAGGUCCAGCGUCUAGAGGCCGAACUCGAACAGCUCACGGGGGAGGAUCCAAACGAUGACGACGACAUGGUAACGCCAGGCGGGCUGGUUCAUUUGGACAAAAAGUCCGUCGAAUCCCCUCGGUAUCUGGGCCCCAGCAGCGGCAUCGCAAUGACGCGCAUUCUCAUGGAGGAGGCGAAACGCUAUACCGACUCCCUCCGCAUCUCUUCCUUGAUCCCGGAAUUACGCUCCAGGAGAAUCGACCAGCGGGACCGUAUGCAAAGCGUUGUCAUGGGAAGCUUCAGCGGACCCUCAGGUCCCAGGGCAGUCGACUUUCCCUUGACGGCCGAUAUUCCUGCCAAAGAGUUCCCCACGAGAGCCAUGACAGAGAACCUGUGGAGAGUUUUCAAAGAAAGAAUACAAGUAUUCACCCCGGUUUUCCAUGAGACUGUCUUUGCUCAAGAUCUCGAGGCCGUUUUCAAUGGUGAUACGGACCACUACCGCCUCUUUGCUGUCAACAUGAUGAUUGCCAUCAGUCUGGCCAAGGUCGACAGGUGGGCGGGAUUGCCAGAUACAUACUACCUUGCUGCCAUGGAGCAUUUCGACCACGUUGUCAGACCAAAGGAUCUGAAGACCUUACAAUGCUUGAUCUUGAUCGUACAGUACUCGCUGCUGAUGCCCAUCAAGAUUGCCGUUUACCACGUGGUGGGGCUUGCCAUCAAAAUAUGCCAGCAAUGGGCCCUCGGGGACGAAAACACAUGGGCCAUGGGUGACAGCGAUCUUCAAAGCCUUGAUUUGAAGAGAAGGUUGGUCUGGAUUGUGCUCACGACCGAGUUGGGCCUCGCCCAUAUGCUGGGACGCCCCAGCGGGUUUUCGAGAACCGGUGACAUGAUAAAGGUGAAGUUCUUCGAGACGAUUCAGGAUGAGGACAUCACGCCAGAUGCGACGCCGGAGAGCAUCCUACAGGGUCGCUUCUGUGAACGGAAAACCAUCGCCAUACAUUACUGCAAGAUGCGGCUGAUGCAGGCCGAGAUCCGGCGGGUGCUCUACGAACAGGAACGACCGGCACGAAUAACGGAUGUAGAUCCUUGGUUCCAGCAAAUGGACGAAAAGUUGAAGAAUUGGCUGGACUCUUGUCCAGAACAGCCUCCCCUGUUCAAGCCUUGGUUUACAAACCGAUAUCACGCCAUCAUGAUCAUUCUAUACCGGCCAUCACCCCAAGUGCUUAAGCCAACUGCCAGGGCGGCUAGAAUUUGCUUUGAAGCAGCAAAGUCCAUCAUCGCAUCCUCUUCGACAGGACCUGAUCGGGAGCAGCCCACGUUUGACCGGACAUGGGUGUUCCUGCAGACCAUCAACUCGUCGCUCAAUGCCCUUCUCUGGUCUAUUGGGUACCCUGAGGUUCGAGCCCAAAACAGCCGCGAGGAUGUUGAGCAGCUUGUCCAGGAUGGCAUCAACAUCAUCACAAACUUCCACCCCAAAUGGCCAGGCGUGCAAGAGGCUAUCAACCUGUACGAAGUCUUGUCAAAGGCUUGUCUGCAGAGCUACACAGCCAAAGUUACGUUUGAGUUGUCGUCCCCCAUGCCCAGUGCGCCCAAUGGCCACUUCAAGUCGCCGUUUUUGACUGAAGACGGCAAUUCUCCCGACUCGGAGAACUCGUCACCGCAAGCCCAACAGUCACACUCGGCAACAUCUCUCUUCAGCAACCAGUCGCCAUUCGGGUACAACAUCGAGCCCCCUUACAACUUUGACCAGGGUUCCCAAUAUGCGAACCAAUCGCCGUUUCAAAACCAGCCCGCCUUUCGGUCAAACUCAAUCUUCAUGAACCCGAUGAGCUCCUUGACAGAUGCACACGGCCGGCGACUCUCUGAACUGGCUCCCGAGUCCACUCCCUACCAAACCCCGGCCGAAGAGCGAAAGGCAGGCACGCCGCCGAUGCCUACAGGGACAGCAAGCUCGCUGCCAACUCCCCCAGAGUCGCUCCCACCACCAUCGACAAAGUCCAGCCAUAUGAGCCUUUCGCCACGAUUGAUUGGCACACCUCGAGGUCCAAGCCCGACUCCCACGCCAACGCUCCAUCAUGCAAGCCCACUGCCAAUGGUCACCCGGCACAGUCCUGUUCCCGCUAUUCAUGGACUUGCUGAGUACGGCUUUGGGCAACCCUAUGGGCAGCAACAGCCUGGCCCACCAACUUCCUCCAUGGCGACUCCAUCCAACAUUCCAGCCUUCACAAUCCCUCCUAUUCCAGGCUCCAAUGCCCAAAGAGCAACGAGAGUGACCAACUGGAGCAACCCGCCCGCACCGAUACUCCAACCACACACGUUUGCAGGUGCAAACUCGGCCAGCAUCUGGGAACCCCCAACCCAGCAGCAAGGAGGUUAUGCCUUUGGUGGCUCCAGCCUUCAACAUCCACCACCACCACAGUUCUCUCUGCCACCAGCGCCAGAAAUACAGCAUUCCGCCCAACCACAACAACAACAACCACAACAACAACACCAAACCCUUCAGCCACGAUCCCAUCACCCACCAUCACACCAGCUACACCCACACCAGCUACAACCACACCAGCAGCUGCACCAACAACACCACCAACAGCAACAGCAGCAACUUCAACAACAACAGCAACAACAACAAACUCAACAGGCCUACAACCCCUACAGCCCGUACCACAACCUACCGAUGGGAGGCGCCCCGUGGCACAACUCUACCUCGGCCGGUGGUCUCCUCUCGUGGGAAGGGUACGGGAACCAGUACUUUGGCAAUGAGCGCCACGAUAGCUUGACGCAGGAGCAGCAGACGCAGCUGCUCAACAUUCUGGAAGCGGAUGGCAUGAGUGAUAUUUCUGCGUAUCUUGCCACUGGCAACGCUGCCAACGGUGGCCACGGCACUGGGAAUUGGUAGAUGUUUGUGACAUGGAUAGACACUGGGCAUGUUGUUUUAUUUGUGAGGGG